UGUGUGUGUGUGUGUGUGUGUGUAGGAGAGCAGGAGGAGAGAGAGAGAGAGAGGACACUCCCAGUCAGAGAAUCAGUGGAAGUGCAGCACCCACUUCUCUUCAGAGCGGGAAGUCACUCACAUCAGCAUCCUAACUGCAGGUUGAGUUUCGCAGCUCGGAGGAACGCCAGGAUGUUCUACUUUCACUGUCCACCUCAGCUGGACGCAGAGUGCUGUCGCUCCAACACAUUGAAUUCAAGCGGCUUUGGCAACCACGCCCCAGCUGAUUUUGAUGAUGGAUUUCUACGCAGAAAACAGCGCAGAAACAGAACAACAUUUACUUUGCAACAGUUGGAGGCGUUGGAGGCCGUCUUCGCCCAGACUCACUACCCGGACGUGUUCACCCGGGAGGAGCUGGCCAUGAAGAUCAACCUGACCGAGGCCAGGGUGCAGGUUUGGUUUCAGAACCGUAGAGCAAAGUGGAGGAAGACGGAGCGAGGGAGCGCAGACCCUGAAGGAGGAAAAGAGCAGAUGAGGGAUGGCAGUCCUCCAUCUCGCAACAUCAACUCUCAGUCCCCAGUGGACCACAGCAGAAAGCAGAAAGAACCACUGGAGAUGCAGCAGAGUAUCAACAGGACAGUGGGUCCAAGUGGUCCGUUCUUCCCAUCCUGUAUACCAGGCACACUCCUCAACUCUGCCACCUACGCCCAGGCCCUCUCACAGGUCGCCACACUGAAAGGGAAUGGCUUGUGUUCCUGCUGUGUUUCUGACCCCAUGGGCUUGUCCUUCCUGCCGCCCUACGGUUGUCAGGGAAACCGCACAGCCAGUGUGGCCGCCUUGCGCAUGAAGGCUCGUGAGCAUUCUGAGGCUGUGCUGCAGUCUGCCAACCUGCUCGGUGGGCCCGGCGUGGGAGUCCUGUCUGGAGCCGGCAUGGGCGCAGCUGGGGUGGUGAGGCCGACGGUGGGACCCGCCAUGGAGGUGCCCGUCACUUUGGGAAGAGGGGGAGACAGCUCCAGUCCUAGCACGGUCACCAAGGUCCCAGCCCUGGGCAGCAGUCCUGACAAACACCCUCACUGCUCCAAGGAACCACUGGAGAAAAAGUGAAGUGCUGGACAAAAAAAAUGGAUGUACUGAUACUCUAAAUCUGUGUGAUCGUGCCUGUUAUUACUACUCCACUCUACUCUGGUCCUACGAGCACCUAAGCACAAAUACUGACUGACUCAAGCAACAGCCGGGAAAAGACUUUGCUGAUAUCACAUUGUAUGGAUGCAAAGAUUACAAUAUUUAUUUGACAGUAAAUUAUUGUUGUUUGUGAGAAAUGCUGAAUAUCUGGGGCCUUGUUGUCCCCGUAGAAGCACAAGUGUUGUUUGGGAUCUUCACGCACUCUUGGACUCUAUUUGAUGGACUAAGAUAGAUACAACAUGUGUGCAACAAAGACCUACUUGAUAAUGUGAAUUUAUGUAACCCUAAUACAGUUCCUCUCAUUUUCAUAAAGACGACCGAUGCUUACAUUGUGAAUGUUAAUGCAUGUAAACUGUAAGUGUACAACUGAUGGCAGGACAGUGAGGCUUUUUGGAGGAUUUUGGCAAUAUAAUGUUUAUGCCAUCAGGUCAUUAAAGGGGUCAAACAAUCUCCUAUUCUUUUGAGUUUAAAGUGAACAUGCACUUUAAUAUUUAUCAGCCAUUUUCAGUGUAAAUGUGUACAUGUGCCAGAAUACAGUAUGUUUAUGUGUGAACCCCGGGCAGGCUGAAGCGGACCCAGUGACAGAGCGGUAGUUGUCCCUUCCACUCUGUUAGCACAUCUGUAGAGCCAGUAGACAGGGAACACACUAGUCCUGUUGUGACAUGUUCUUUAAAACAAUUAAAGAUGUAGUUGCUCAUGUUCCUCUCCUGUUGCCUCGCGCUCCAGCCAUCUGUUCUGAUACAUUAUUUAUCAGUUUCCCUUAAAGCCGGGAGAGGAGAGCAAUUGUGACUCUUAUUAUUUAUUUACUUUUAGUAACACUCACCCUCUUCCUCUUCCUUUUCCUCUCCCUGAGCAUUUUUUAAUAAACCCUAUUAAACAUGAUACAUGCUAUUUAUUAAUGUUGAAUUGACCUUUUUUAAAUAUCAUCUCUCAUCACCUCAGGGCUCUUCAUACAGUAGUUUAUCACAGGCAAUACAUGUGUGGAUUUAUUAUUCCUAAAUAUCUCUCCUCACUCAAAUGGCUCUUGAAUAAAGGAUCAGCUGAUCAGAUUGAGAAUACUUAACCGCAGAGCACACAACCAGUAGUUGGGCUGAUUCAAUUUGCGUCCUUGAGGAUUUUCAGGAAAUUGCUUUUGAUAGUCAAUAACACAAUUAAGUAAACUACCCACACAUUAUGAUGAAUAAUUGAUAA